AAAAGUGCAUUCUACGUCAGGACGACGGACUUCUUCAAGGCCCAGGUGAGAAAGAGACACCCUGAGUCCUGGAUGAGAGCCUUCGGGGUUCUUUGGGACCAGAGCAAAUUACCCUAAAUGGAAAGAAUACUGAUGGGAAUUCCUUAUGGGAAUCCUGAAACCAUGGAUCACCUAUAUAUGCUUUGAGACAUGCUUUAGGUGUUUUUUCUGGAAGCCCUGCAACUGCCUUAAAAUUGAAUGUAUCACUGAAAAGACCUAUGGCCAAUGGUGGCAGAGUCUACAUAGAACUAUGCUUCGUGGUGUUCUGGGAAAAACCUUUCGGCUUGUUGGCUAUACUAUUCAGUAUGGCUGUAUAGCUCAUUGUGCUUUUGAAUACGUUGGUGGUGUUGUCAUGUGUUCUGGACCAUCAAUGGAGCCUACAAUUCAAAAUUCAGAUAUUGUUUUUGCAGAAAAUCUUAGUCGACACUUUUAUGGUAUCCAAAGAGGUGACAUUGUGAUUGCAAAAAGCCCAAGUGAUCCAAAAUCAAACAUUUGUAAAAGAGUAAUUGGUUUGGAAGGAGACAAAAUUCUCAGCAAUAGUCCAUCAGGUUUCUUUAAAAGCCGUAGUUAUUCAAGGACCAGGUGUGAACAGCCUGGGUCACACUCCUCCAAAGGUUUCUGGUGGUAUGUUCUGGGUCUCUCUUAGCAGAUUUCUUUCUGUUCUUGUUAACUUUACUAUACCAGAGAUACUACUUCAUCACUGUAUUUAUCUAAAUUUGGAAGAAACUUAGGUCAUAACUGCCACAAAAGUGAUUGUGCUUUACUUAACUAAUACUAAUACUAAUACUAAUCACCAACAAAUAUUUGAGUUCCAACUUUGGUUUACGUAUUGUAAAGAUUUAAGAUCAUGACAUGAUUAUUGUCUGUUGGCUUUUUCAGUCAUAAAAUAGUAGACAUACACAAAAGCCAAGCAUGUAAGAGGAUGUUAGGAUCCAGGGCCCCAUGUAGGGCAGACUUUAAGUGUUUUAAACAAUCUAGAGUAUUUGGUAUGUGCAGGCAACAUUGGGAAAAGCUUCAUGGAGUAAGGAAAUGUAUAUUGGAUCAAUCGGACGGGCAAAAAAAGAUCUUCCUGGAUUGUUAGUAUCUUUAUUAGUUUUUUGAAUUUUGUUCUCCUUUGCUUUUAUUGGUGUCCUUAACUUUAUAAUUAUAUUUAACUAUUCAUAUAUGUUACCUAUUUUUAGAACUCAGGAACAAACACAUAUUAAGGAAAAACUAUGGAAAUUUAGACACCAAAGAUGUUCACAUUGUAGUUUCUCCCAAGGCAGUACUUCAGAAUAUAUUUAAUGACUUAUUUUAGCUUUUCCAAAUACACUAUUUUGUUCUUCUUUUCAUCUGUAACCUGAGAUGUACUCAUUUUUCUAUUUGAGCAGCCUUAUGCUUCACUACAUAUAAAUCUACUUAUUAUAUAGGUAGGAAUGAACCUUGCUGUUGUCCCUAGAACCUAUAACUAGUUCCACUAGUAGACGUUAAUGAUCUUACAAUAUCUGAUAUUCUUUCAAAAAACUUUUAUCCUUUCUCUACAAAUAGAUAUAACAUUUAAGUGUAUCUAACUGAAAAUAAUUAACUUGAUUCAUUUUUGGCUAAUAUUUCUACAUGAUAUAAGACAUUCCAAAAUUAUAUAAUCUCUAAAUAAAGUGUAAUUCAAAUUUUACAUGCUUGUAUAAAUUUAUUUUUCCAAAAGGUAAUUCAGGGGUGAUGGGGGGGAAUGAAUAGGCAAAUCACAGAGGAUUUUGGGGGCAGUGAAAAUACUGUGUAUGGUACCGUGAUGUGGAUACAUGUCAUACAUUUGUCCAAAUUCAUAGAAGGUACAACACCAAGAGUGAACCCUAAGGUAAACCAUGGGACUUCGGGUGAUGAUGGUGUCAGUGUAACAGACAUGCCACUCUAGUGGGGAUGUAAUGGGGAGGCCGUGCAUGAGUGGGGGCAGGAGGUAUAUGGGAGAUCUCUGCACCUUCCUCUCAGUUGUGCUGUGAACCUAAAACUGCUCUAAAAGGUCGUCGUUUUUAAAAACUUUGUGACAUUUUAAAAAACUGGUCAUUUCUUAUUAAACCUAAUAUGAAUAUUUUUCUUCACAUAAGGUUCCCAAGUAAUAAUCAGUCAAAAGAAUAGUGAAAAUUAAUUCCUUUCCAUAGAUCAUUUUGGUCUGGUCAAUAAUUCAACUUCCUUGGGUAACAAUACCUAUAAAAAAGAAACUUUAAAAUGCAAUUUUGAAGAUUGCUACUGAAGAGUAAUUUUUAAAGUUUAUAUUGAACAGAUAUUAAUGGGCAAAUAUCUCAUAUCACAGUGGGCUUUUUUUUAAGUAAUGUGUUCUGUUCUAAGUAUACUUAUGAUUGUCACUGAGUAAAAAUUUAAAUUUGUUAUAUCCCAGUUAAUACACAGGACAUAUAGAAGAUGGGAUCUUUUCAUUUAGUAGAAGGUCACCAUCAUUAAUUUUACAACUGAUGAUUUUAUAAUAGGUCCUUCUAGUUCUUGAUGGUCAUUAUUGAAGUAUAAUGCACUGAAGAUAUGGCCUGUACAAAGGCAGAACAAGGAUCUUAAUUAGAAUUCUGACAAGCCUACUCCAAUAAAAUGAUGAGAUUAUUUGUAAUUGAUGUCACAAUCAAUUACCAUUUAGUUUAUCGUGAGCAUUCUAAUAGGUCUGGCCUUGGUAUUGGCCCCAGGAUGUUGCUGAGUGAGUGGCUGCCCUGCUUAUGCUGUUAUUGAGACAGGAGGGCACAUUUUCAGUCAGCAUCCUAAUGACCGCUUUUGAAGUCUAUUAAAUUAAUGACCCUGUCACACUGUUUUGAUCUCGUAUAACCUCAGUUUGGGGUUUGCAUAACAAAUUAAUGUUUGGGAACCAUA